UACAGGAUGGUUCUCUCCACCCUAACCCACCACUGAGCCAGUUGCAGCCUUCUUCUUCUUCUUCUUCUUCUUCUUCUUCUGAUACUGAGCCAUUGUUAACCAAGUGGCAAUGGCAGCUUUCUCCUACUCUCUUUCAGUUUCCCCCUGCAAUAUUAGCUUCAGAUAUGGCUUCGGUGUCUCACUGUUAUUGUGGUGUGUGGUGGGAAUGGCCUCAGCUCAGCUGUCGGGCCAGAACUUCUACAACACAACGUGUCCAAACGCCCUCUCUAUUAUCAGAUCCGCAGUGAACACAGCUAUUCAGAAUGAGGCUCGCAUGGGGGCUUCUUUGCUUCGCCUUCAUUUCCAUGAUUGCUUUGUCCAAGGAUGUGACGCAUCAGUGUUGUUGGACGACACCGCAAAUUUUACGGGAGAGAAGACAGCGGCUCCCAAUUUGAAUUCUUUGAGAGGAUUCGAUGUCGUUGACACAAUUAAAUCUCAAUUAGAGAGCUCUUGUCCCGGUGUUGUUUCAUGUGCCGACCUCUUAGCAGUUGCUGCUCGCGAUUCUGUUGUCAUUUUGGGUGGACCCAGUUGGACGGUCCAACUAGGAAGAAGAGACUCGACGACGGCGAGCCUUGCCCUUGCCAACACCGACAUCCCGGCGCCGACGCUGAACCUCAGCGGCCUCCUCACUUCCUUCUCCAACAAAGGCUUAAACGCCCAAGAACUAGUAGCUCUCUCCGGCGCCCACACCAUCGGCCUCGCCCGCUGCACAACCUUCCGCGCCCGCAUCUACAACGAGACCAACAUCAACGCCACCUUCGCGGCGUCGCUGCGCUCCAACUGCCCCGCGUCCGGCGGCGACAACAACACCUCCCCGCUCGACGCCACCAGUCCCACGACCUUUGAUAACGCCUACUACCUGAAUCUGCAGGGCCUGAGGGGGUUGCUUCACUCCGACCAGCAGCUCUUCAACAAUGGCUCCACGGAUUCUCAAGUCAACACUUACGGCUCCAACCAAGGAACAUUCUUUACGGACUUCGCCAACGCCAUAAUCAAGAUGGGAGCUCUCAGCCCUCUGACCGGCACCAGCGGCCGGAUCAGGACCAACUGCAGGAGAAUCAACUAAUCUCAUCUACCGGCCCGCGCACCACGCUCGUUUGCUUGAAUAAAUUUAUUAGUAUUCAAAAAAAUUUAUGUGUUCAUUUUUUUGGCGCUUUCAUUUUGGUUGAUUUUGGUAGUGCUUUGGUUCGGUGAGUAGCAAAAGAAGAAAUAAAGACAUUUUGCUCCUUUAUUUUA